UGCGGUUUCGCAGGGGAAGGUUUAGGGAGCUGUCACCAUCUCCAGACUUCCGGUUCCGGUUUUCAAGUUUAACGGGCUUCUGUCGCUAUGGAGGAACCGGAGAUGCAGCUCAAGGGGAAGAAAGUCACAGACAAGUUCACUGAGAGCGUCUACGUCCUGGCCAAUGAGCCAUCUGUGGCGCUCUACCGGCUCCAGGAGCAUGUGCGCCGCUCUCUGCCAGAGCUGGCCCAGCAUAAGGCCGACAUGCAACGGUGGGAAGAGCAGAGCCAGGGAGCCAUCUACACAGUGGAGUACGCCUGUAGUGCCGUGAAGAACCUUGUCGACAGCAGCGUCUACUUCCGCAGUGUGGAGGGUCUCCUCAAACAGGCCAUCAGCAUCCGGGACCACAUGAAUGCCACCCAGAGCCACAGCCCCGAGGAGUUGCCUCCACCCUCCUCGGCCUGAUCCCAGAAGAGACUUGGAGGUGCUUUGGCCCCUCCAACCAGACAGAGCCUGGCAUGGCGAUUACCACCCAACUCUGGACUCCUCGCUCCACCACUGACCUGCUGUGUGACCCUGAGCAAGUCCCUCCCCCUCUCUGGUCUCUGCCUUUAUCUUCUUGGAAGUGACUCAUCAGGUGGCGGAGGUGGCAGUUUUCCCGCUUCUGCAUAACCCCCAGGCCAGCCGUAAUGUCCCGAGACAAGGCUUUGCUGCCCGGGGAUUCCUACCCCACAUCAACCAUGUUUCCUUGGACCAAUAACUGCCACCAUGUUAAUCCCUAUUGAUUACACUGUGCUGGGGGC